AUGGGCCUCCAGGCGCCGCCGCCCGAGGUCGCAGGGGGCGAGGAUUCGAAUCGGGAGCCCCGGGGCGCAGGCGCGCUUUCCAUGCCCUCAGAUCACAUCACCAGCUGGGCAGAUGAAAGUGAGAGCCUGGAGCCUGGCGCCGGCGACCCCUGGUCGACAGGGGAGUCGGACGGCCGCAGGGAAGUGCGUCUUCGGAACCUCCCCUUGCGGCCAGCAGAGGAACUGAAGGAAGACAUCUUGAGGGAGCUGAAGCGUUUGUGGAAGGCGGCGCUGAGCAGCCCAGAGCCAGCGGUCGAGUCGAUCAGCAUUGCGGAGCAUCAGGACGAAUCCGCCCAGCACCUAGAAAGAGCGCUGGGUGGAUAA